CUUCACUUUAUCAACCAGUGAAUGUUCAAAAGCUCCGACAGGGGGCGUGAAACCAAAGACGCGCUACACAAUAUUCACCCGAGUUCAUUUUAAUGAUUCGCUCUGCCUAAGGUAAGGUUGAAUCAAAACUUACUAGUGUGUGCGUUCAAUAUUUAUGUGUGAUUGCUGUGCUGCAUUACAAGCGCAGAAUGAAAUGUACGUGUUAAUACUUGUCGUGUGUAUGCUAUUGGAAAGCACGGCCGUUUCAAAACGAAGCUAUUCGGAUCAAUCGGUGAAAGGUUAUGUCACGGAGAGAACUUGUUGGUGGAAUGAAGUUUGUAAAGAAGAAUUUCAGAUACUAUUCCGUUGUAAAUGCCCAGCAUGGUCGUACUGUAGAAGCCCUGGGAAAUACUACAACGCUGUGUGUUCUAUGACAGAGACUGGUUAUAUCUGGGAUCAACCAAAUUCUGAAUGGAGAGGGCAAUGAGAUUUUUUAAAACAAAUAAUGCACCAAUCGGCACACAUCCCCUUUAUACUUUGUCCGAUUAAAUUCUAAUUUAAGACUGAUUAUUUAUAAAAAAUAAGGAUAUUUUAUUAUCGUGUACCUUAUUUCCUCGUCUUGUUUUAGCAUAAUUCUGAGUUAUAAAAGGUAAGUUCUUCUUCCAAUCAUUUACGCGUGUAAAAUGUGCUAUCCAAUGAAUAAUAGAUUUAUAUGUACUCGAUAAAUUUGGCUUUUAUUUUCCAUCUAUAUCUAAACG